CCUCUCAGUUCAAGCUGCAGCUCAAGAUAGGCUGAGCCGAGGAGGGGGGGCAGUGACAGAAGCGCUCCCUUUUGUUAGCAGCUCGGAGAGCAGCUGGAGAGACUCCGACCGACCGGAUCCAUGCAGGAGAACACCGUUUUUGGAAAAUGAUCAUCUGUACGAGUAAAAUGGAGUACCCCUUAAGAUCGCAGUGCAAGCGAGUCCAGAAACAGCAGACAGAUGUUGUGCUAAGAGGUGAUGGUGAACGGUGAGAAGGAGCGCGUAUCCUUGCUGUUCAUGAAGGCUCUGGUCAGCAGGGGGAGUGUGGACGCCGUGUCGCAACAGAUGGCGUCUCACCCCCAGUAUCUGGAGAGCUUCCUGCGCACACAGCACUACAUCCUGCACAUGGACGGCCCCCUGCCGCUGCCCUACCGCCAUUACAUCGCCAUCAUGGCGGCAGCAAGAUAUCACUGCAGCUACCUGGUGUGCCUGCACUCGGCCCAGUUCCUGAGGGUGGGAGGGGACCCUCUUUGGUUGCAGGGUUUGGAAGCAGCUCCCCCUCGUCUUCGCCUCCUUGCCCACAUAAACAAAGUGCUGGCGCACCAGCCCUGGCUCGCCACAUGUUCCCAUAUCCAGACGCUGCUGAAGGCAGGCGAGCAAUGCUGGUCACUGGCGGAGCUGGUGCAGGCCGUGGUGAUCCUGGCCCACUGCCACUCCCUCUGCAGCUUCGUCUUCGGAUGCGACACAGACUCGGACCUCGCGCAUCUCGCCAAAUCUCCAAACGGCACCCCGCCGACCUUCUGCCCCUUCGAUGCUGCCAACGGCAACACCAAUGUGCCUCAGUCGCUCAGGGCUCCCUCUGAAAAUAUCACACGGCGACGGUCUUUGGACUCCAGCUGUGACAUGGUUUGCCUAAAGGAGAGGAUCCAAAGGUCCCAGGAGGAGCAGGAGAAGAGAGAAGAACGUCUCCUCCAGACGCAGACGCUCCCACAAACGGAUCUUGAAGAUGAGGAAGAGAUGCUGUGCUUGGCGGAUCCAUCACGUUUCGUCGCAGACCCUGAUUUCUGCUAUCAGGAGUUUGCCUGCAGGGACGAGGACAACCUCCAAGUGCUCAGAGUUCAGGACUACUCCUGGGAAGUCCACGGUUUCUCCCUGAUCAACAGAUUGUACUCAGACAUCGGGCAUCUCCUGGACGACAGGUUCAGGAGCGUCACAUCCCUCCCAUCGCUGCACAGCUCCGACCUGAAGAGGGCGAUCUGGAAUUACAUCCAUUAUGUCUUAGGGAUACGUUGUGACGACUACGACUACGGGGAGGUGAACCAGUUGCUGGAGCGAGAUCUGAAGCUCUACAUCAAAGCUGUGGCCUGUUUUCCAGACGUCACCAAAACCCCGGUGUGUCCGCUGAGUUGGACUCUGCUGAAAGCCUCUGACAGGAUACACGUAAACUUGCUGAUCAUGGAGGCGCGGCUGCAGGCAGAGCUGCUGUACGCGCUGAGAGCCAUCACUCGGUACAUGAUCGCCUGAGAUGCUGGUGGAGUUCAAGCUGUCUGCCUGUACAGAGAGACCCCAGAGAGGACGAGGAACAGGAAGCGGCACAUCUGAUGUCCCAGAGAUCAGCUGAUCAUUGGGCGGUGGCACUCUUCUCAGAUCUUAAUGUUAAUUGACCCACGCCGACCUCUGCUCAUCUCUUCCCGUUCUGCUGUUCAACCUCUCUGAAAACAUCCUGCCUCUCUCAUGGUUAUGUGCAAUUCUAAGUAGUUAUUUUCAAAUGUCUCUGUCGUCUGUUCCAGUUAAGUCUGUGAGAAGCUGCCAGUUUGCAGCAUUGUGUUAUCAGUGGCCAACACUCCUAUUUUUCCAUUAGAAAAGUCUCUUUUUGUAUUAACUAUGCUCCCCUCUCCAAAAAAAAACCUUUUUUUUUCUACAAGGUGAUUGAUUGUUAAUGGAAGAUCAGGGGUUUUCAUUUUUCUGACAAUCUUUGUCAGUUUUGAAGGACUUUAUUGGACUGAAGGACAACAGUUUUAUGCUCCCUGACAUUUCGUAUUAAUGCUGGUCGAGAGCAAACAGCUGGAAGUUAUCGCAUCACUAUAGUUUCUUUUAAUAAGCACUUUUUUAAACUUUAUAUAUUUAUAAUGCAAUGUAGCUGAUGAGUUGACAUUGAGGCAAAGUGUGUGGGUCCGAUGCCUUUCUUCUCUUCCUGUUUUAUUUUUUUUAUUUUAAGUCCCAGGUUCCCAAUCGGAGGUACACAAUUUACAAUGUUUCUAUUUACAGUUUGUUUUUUCUCUUUCUUCUUGCUUUGUUUUUUUUUUUAAUGUGGAGACAGAAGAAUUUUAAAGAUGGUGGACGUAAUAGAAAAUUGUGUAAACUCAUCUGAGAAGCUGAGCCACUCAGGGAGCCCCGAUACACUCCCUAACAAAAAGUUACAGAAGAGUUUGAGUUCUGUUUAAAUUGCAUGUGUAGGUUUUUGCAUUUGUACAUUUUUAAAGUUUAGUUGCGUCAGAAUUCGUGAUCUGAGUCUGGAGAGCAAAAAAAAAAAAACGAUAAGCAAACUCUAUCCUUUUUUUUUAUUUGUUGUUUUUACAUUUUUCUUUAAUUACUUUGCGUACUCCCAGGUAUGAGUGUAGGACCUGCUCGAUGCACUGCAGCCUGAGUAGAUGUGGAUGUUUCAUACUGUGUCGGUUUAUGAUUUAGUGAGGAAGUAAGUGCAUAUCGAUUUAAAGCAAAAGCUCUGUUAUAACACAGGUGCCUUUAGGCGGGAGGAACUGGAGCGCUGCUCAAGUGGAGGGCUGUUACUGCUGGAGGCUGGACCGGAGUAUCCGUCAGAGGUUACUCUGAGUGGAAACGGAUAACUUCUUUUUCCUCUUGGAAAAUGAUAAGUUCUUAUAAAUAUUCCAAAUGUGAAGGCACGUUUCUAUCACCUUCUGCUUAAGUCCCAGCAUCUAGGCAAGAGCCUUCGACACAGAUGGAUGUUCGAAAUGUUCAACUUUAGCAGACAAAGAAUGGAUGACAUUUCAAAACAAAAAGUACAAAAA